AUGCAAAGAAGAGGGAACACAAUGCCAACCUUUGAUCAAUUGCGAUCGGCUGAGGAUUAUUUUCCUUUAUUUCUUGAACAAACUCUUCAAAUUUAUGCAUUACGUAUGAAAGAAAAUGAAGAUCAAGUUGAUACUGUUGCUGAUCGUUUAUCCGAUCGUGAAGUUCUUGUUGAUUCAGUUCAUAUAUUUCAAAAUUGUAAUAUAGCAUUACUUGGUGGUAACAAUGAUGAAUGUAUCGCUGUAUCACAUAUAUAUCCGUAUGGACCAGGUACGUUCAAACGGAAAGUUUUAUUUUUGAUUUAUUAA